AUGCUGUCCAUGCGAUUCCCAGUUGUUCCUACUCAUAAGAACACUACUACUCUUUCCCAUCAUCUCCAAAACAAAUCAUUUUCUUCUGUUACCAGUGACCGUGACCUAGCAAAAAGAAAUAGAAGAAUCAGAUGGAACUUUGGCCCUUCAAUUUCUUCUCCCAGAUUUCGCAAGCUUCUUGUGAAUGGAGCAUUAAUAGUACCACCACCACAAGAAGAAGAAGAAGAAGAAGAAGAAGAAGAAGGUGAAGUAGGAAAAAAAAGACCGGCAGAAGUGGAAUUGCCGGCAGGCCUCCGGCUAGAACUAAUGCCGAAACAUGUCUCCGUGACUCCGGAUGGCCACAGGAGGUGGGCCCGGAAGAGGGGUUUACCGAUAGACGAGGGUUAUAAGGCCCUUGGACGAAGAAUGGCGAAAUUCAUUCGACUCUGUUGCAAAUGGGGAGUUCCAGUUCUCACAUUUUAUGCAUUUUCUACCGAGAAUUGGAGUCGUUCCAAAGAGGAUGUUGACAGUUUUAUGAACUGGAGUGAAAUGUGGAUAAAAUCAGUUACUAUGGAGAAGUGGAUGAGGAAUAAUGUUCGAUUAUCUGUGAUCGGGGACAAAUCGAUGCUCCCGAAUUCGCUACAACAAGUGAUAUCUGAAGCAGAGGAGGCUUUAAAGGCAAACACACGACUCCAUUUUAUAAUAGGACUAAGUUAUGGUGGAAGAUAUGACAUACUGCAAGCUUGCAAAAGUGUUGCUAGCAAAGUGAAGGAUGGUCUCAUUCAAUUGGAAGACAUCGACCAGAGCAUAUUUGAACAAGAACUAGAAACCAAGUGUACCAAGUUCCCCAACCCUGAUUUACAUAUACGAACCAGUGGCGAACUUAGACUCAGCAACUUCAUGUUGUGGCAAGUGCACUUCACUGAAUUUUACUUUGCUAACAAAUGUUUCCCUGAUUUUGAGGAAGCAGAUUUUAUAGAGGCCUUGAACUCAUAUCAGAAACGAGACAGACGGUUUGGUGGGAGAUAA